AGGAGGAGGAGGCGGCGGCGGCUGCGGCGGCGGUGGCAGCGGCGGUGGCGGCGGUGGCGAGAAGAUGGCGACUUCGAACAAUCCUCGGAAAUUCAGCGAGAAGAUCGCGCUGCACAACCAGAAGCAGGCGGAGGAGACGGCGGCCUUCGAGGAGGUCAUGAAGGACCUGAGCCUGACGCGGGCCGCGCGGCUCCAGCUCCAGAAGUCUCAGUACCUGCAACUGGGCCCAAGCCGUGGCCAGUACUAUGGUGGGUCCCUGCCCAACGUGAACCAGAUUGGGAGCGGCACCAUGGACCUGCCCUUCCAGCCCAGCGGAUUUCUGGGGGAGGCCCUGGCAGCGGCUCCUGUCUCUCUGACACCCUUCCAGUCCUCAGGCCUGGACACCAGCCGGACCACCCGGCACCACGGUCUGGUAGACAGAGUGUAUCGGGAGCGCGGCCGGCUCGGCUCCCCGCACCGCCGGCCCCUGUCGGUGGACAAACAUGGACGGCAGGUGGACAGCUGCCCGUACGGCACCGUGUACCUCUCACCGCCCACGGACACCAGCUGGAGAAGGACCAAUUCUGACUCUGCCUUGCACCAGAGCACAAUGACGCCCAACCAGCCAGAGCCCUUCACGGGCGGGUCCCAGGACGCCCACCAGAAAAGAGUCUUACUAUUAACAGUCCCAGGCAUGGAGGAGGCCACGUCGGAGACAGACAAGAACCUUUCCAAACAAGCGUGGGACACCAAGAAGACGGGGUCCAGGCCCAAGUCCUGCGAGGUCCCUGGAAUCAACAUCUUUCCAUCCGCCGACCAGGAGAACACUACAGCCCUGAUCCCUGCCACCCACAACACGGGGGGCUCCCUGCCCGACCUGACCAACAUCCACUUCCCCUCCCCGCUUCCGACCCCGUUGGACCCCGAGGAGCCCACCUUCCCUGCGCUCAGCAGCUCCAGCAGCACUGGCAACCUUGCAGCCAACCUGACACACCUGGGCCUCGGCGCCACCGGCCAGGGGAUGAGCACGCCAGGCUCGUCGCCUCAGCACCGCCCGGCCGGCGUCAGCCCCCUGUCCCUGAGCACGGAGGCGAGGCGGCAGCAGGCCCAGCAGGUGUCGCCCACCCUAUCCCCGCUGUCACCCAUCACUCAGGCCGUGGCCAUGGAUGCCCUGUCUCUGGAGCAGCAGCUGCCCUAUGCCUUCUUCACCCAGGCUGGCUCCCAGCCGCCACCACCACAGCCGCAGCCCCCGCCACCGCCGCCGCCCACGGCCCAGCAGCAGCCGCCCCCGCCACCCCCACAGGUGCCCAUCGGCCUUCCCCCAGGAGGCCCCCUGAUGCCAAGCGCCAGCUUGACUCGGGGGCCCCAGCUGCCCCCACUCACGGUCACAGUACCGUCCUCUCUCCCCCAGUCCCCCUCAGAGAACCCGGGCCAGCCGCCGAUGGGGAUCGACAUUGCCUCGGCGCCCGCUCGGCAGCAGUACCGCACUAGUGCCGGCUCCCCGGCCAACCAGUCUCCCACCUCGCCCGUCUCCAAUCAAGGCUUCUCCCCCGGGAGCUCCCCGCAAAGGCCUCUCUUCCAUCUGCAGCACUCUUCCACCCUGGGCGGCGUGUUUGGGGACUCGUACUACGAGCAGCAGAUGGCAGCCAGGCAGGCCAAUGCUCUGUCCCACCAGCUGGAGCAGUUCAACAUGAUGGAGAAUGCCAUCAGCUCCAGCAGCCUGUACAGCCCGGGCUCUACGCUCAACUACUCACAGGCGGCCAUGAUGGGCCUUACGGGCAGCCACGGGAGCCUACCAGACACACAGCCGCUCGGUUACCCCAGCCACAGCAGCAUCCCCAACAUCAUCCUCACAGUGACAGGAGAAUCCCCACCCAGCCUCUCUAAAGAACUGACCAGCACGCUGGCCGGGGUCGGCGAUGUCAGCUUUGACUCCGACAAUCAGUUCCCCCUGGACGAACUCAAGAUCGACCCCCUGACCCUGGACGGACUGCACAUGCUCAACGAUCCUGACAUGGUCCUGGCCGACCCUGCCACUGAGGACACCUUCCGGAUGGACCGUCUGUGAGCGAGCGGCACACUGCUGCCCAGCCCCUGGCUCCCUCACCCCGCCGGUCAGUGGUCCCGACGGCAUCUCCCCAAAAAAGCCCUGGGACGGCCAUGCUCCGUCCCUCGCAAACGGCCGAGCUUGUGAUUCUGAGCUUGCAAUGCCGCCAAGCGCCCCCUGCCCUCCCACCUGCCCUUGGCUGUCCCCCUCCCUCGUGAGGCCGAGCGUCGCCCCGUGGACCUUCCCUGUGUGCGCGCUCUCGCCCCCCACCCAGGCCCUGAGCCGUCCCCCCGGAAGAUGCGGAACGCAUGUUGGGCAGGGCCCCCGGCCUGGGGGGCGCCGUGGUCCUCGGCGGCGGUGGGCUGAGGUGCAUUUUCCGACUGUUGUCCAGCUCUCACUGCCUUCCUUUGUCCCUGGUUUCCCCACCUGCCUGCCACCCCCAGCCCAUGGUUAGGUAGAGAGCCAGCCCCACUCUGCCAAAGGGAGGAGGCACCAGAGAGAGGGGCCGACACAAAGCAAAAUAAACACUAUUUUGACUGCUG